AUGCCCUCCGCCGCCGCUUCUCAACACAGUCGCGCGCCAGAACGCCGCGACUCUACCAUCAAACCCUCACCCUCUUCGCCCUCCUCGGCACCACGUUCCAAGAUGCCUCAGUACACUUCGCGAGAUGUCGGCGACCCUACGCAGAUCAAGAAGAACAAGCAGUCGAUGGCCGACCUCAAGCUACGCCGGCUAACCGAGCUCAACAACCGUCUGCGCGAGGAUCUUGAGCGAGAACGCAUUCCCGUCAGCACGGCGUCCAAGAGCAUUAUCGCCUACUGCAACGGCACCCGGGACUACAUGGUCCCCUCGGUCUGGGGCGCUGUCCCCAAGGGCGAGGACCCCUACGCGCCACAACAAUCCGGUGGCUGCUGUGUGGUCAUGUAA